GUAAACUUCGUAAGAAGCAGAUAGACAAAGAGUGACGAGAAAAUGCCAAGUACUGGAUCUAAACCGGAUAGGCUAUUCUAAGUAUAGAUGCUCGCCAUCACCACCAUCACCGCCGUCCUGGCAUUCGCCGUCAACAGCGUCCUUGCUGCUCCUACCAACGCCGCUCAGUUGGUUGCUCGCCAGGGCUAUGUUGCAAGCUGCACCUCCACCUACACCGUCCAGCAAGGUGACACCUGCAACAAGAUUAUCAACACCUUCAAUGGCAACUUUACUCUGCAGGAGUUCUACACCUGGAACCCCCAGGUUGACUCCGUCUGUUCCAAUCUAUUUGUCGGCGAAGUAGUCUGCAUCGGCGUCGCUGAUACCACCACUCCACCCUGCCCCGCCCCCUACGCCCCCGGCUUAAACAGCAACUGUAAAUCAUGCUACAAAGUCGUAUCCGGCGACACCUGCCUCGCAGUGGCCAACAAAGAGGGAAUCUCACUCUCCAACUUCGAGUCCUGGAACCCGGAUAUCAACGCCGCUUGCACGAACCUGCAACUCGGAUACAAUUACUGUGUCGGUGUCUAAACCUCAUUUUUUCGUCUUCUGACACUUUCGCUCUUUUUGGGUGUCUGAAGGUUAAAAAGGAGUCUUAUUCUCCUGACUUACGCAUUUUAUGAUAUCACGUUUAAUGUCCAAUAGUUAAGCCGUAAUGUAGCUAGCUGUCAAUAUCAUUUAGACAUGACAACAUAUUCUUGUUAGCCAAGCUAUCUGUGAAUCAAGUUAUCUGUAAAGACUGAGU